AUGGAAGGAAAAAAUAGCGCCAAAGAAAGUUCAGAAAAUUCGUCAUCUAUCCAGCAGCCAAAAUCAGGGGCUGGAACUGUAAAUCAAGCUGAAAGUCAACCACAGUCAGAUAAAUCAAAGAUUUCUGAUCCAUCCCAAGCUCAUCAAGAAGAAUCCAAAAUUCCUGCUAACACAUCAGCAGAGUCAUCCAAAAAAUCCAAUGAAGAGACCAAAUCUCAAACAUCUGCGAUACCAGGCUCUACUGAAAAUACGUCUGCUAAAACAACAGCCAAAGAAGAUAAUAAAAAAUCAAGCCAAGAAUCCUCUCAAAAGAUCAAACCUGCUGAAAGUGCAGAAGAAGCAAAGACUAAAUCUGUAUCAUCAGAAGCACCAAAAAGUGCUCCUGUUCAUGAAAGUAAGUCUGAAAAUGUAACAAAUAAAAAAGAAUCUGAGCAAGCAUCUGGAAAAAUAUCAAUUGAAGAAAAUAAGGAAGUCAGUCAAAGUGGCUCGCAAAUAAACGAUCUUGCAAUUAAGGCAGGAGCAAGAGGGCAUCUUGAUAGAGAAGAACUAAGAAAAUUGAAGAGCUCUGAUGAAACUGCUAAAGCUGAAGAAGCCCAACAAUCUAAAGUUAUUGAAAGUUCCCCUCAGCAAAAGUCAGCGACAGGACAGGCAGAAGAGACAAAAGAUAAAAUUUCUUCGAAAAAAGUUGAGGAAAAUAAAGAAAAAUCAGCUGUAUCGAAUGAUUCAAUAUCAAAAGCAGAAGAAAACAAACAUAAAUCAGAUGAAGCGCUUAAGCAAAAUGAGAAUAUUCCUACCCCCCAAAAGAAAACUGAAGAACCUAACCCAAAAGAGUCUGAGAAAUCUCAAUCAAAAAGCAAAGAUGAAAUGCCUUUGUCAAAGUCUGAAACAGCAAAAGAGCAAGAUAAAACUGUAGCAACACCAAAAAGCGCAGACCCAACUAAAAAGGAAGAUAAUAAGUCAGGCCAAGCUACUACAUCUCAGAAUAUUAAUGAAGAAACCAAAGAAAAGAUUCAAUCAAGUAAGGAGCAAGAUACAGGGGUCAAGCCAGUACAAAAAAUAGAAGGGGAUAAGUCUUCUAAGCCAACCAAUAUUUCAGAAGAAGCUACAGAUAAAAAUACUCCUAAAGUUGCUGAACAAAAAGGAGAGUCUCCACAGAAAUCUACUUCUGAAGAGUCAAGCAAAGCUCAGACCCAAAAAACAGAAGGAGUCGUGAAAGCAGAGAAAGAAGAAAAAAAAGAUACUGAAUCGUCUAAAGGACUUAACGUUGCAUCAAAUGAAGAAUCAAAGACAGGGAAACAGGAAAAGCCUCAAAAAACUACUAUUGAGCCAAUUCAAAAGGCAAAAGAGGGUGAACCUGAGAAAAUUCCAGCCCAGCCUGCUCCCAAUUCAGAAGAAGAGAAAAAAGCCUCUAAAAAGCAAGUUGAGCAAACUUCUAUAAAGGAUUCUACGAAGAAAACUGAAGAAACUGCAGCUAAAGUGCCUGAAAAUACUUCUCAGCAGCCAAAAAUAGAAGAGUCCAAGCUCUCCAAGGAUGCUUCCCCAACUCCAGAGGCAGUUAAUGAAUCUCAUGCUCCAGAGAAUCCUUCUCAGCAAAAAGACAAACAAUUAGUCUCUCACGAGGAUUCUAAGGAAUUGCCGAGAAAAGAAGAAGCAAAAGCGCCUUCAGUCGAGUCUAAGUCAAAAGCUGAUUCAUCAACUCCAAGUGAGCCAAUAAAAAAUGUAGAAGAAAGCAAAAAUAAAAAAGCAGAAGUUCCAAACCAAACUGAGAUUUCCUCUCACCAAGGGCAAGAAGAAUCUAAAGCUAGAAAAGAAACCCAGAAGCUGACAGAGGCACCUCAGGCAAAAAUUAAAGAGGAAGCUCCUUUAUCUAAGCCUGAGAUAGCAAAAGAAAAAGAGCAAGAACAAAAUGCCCCAGCGCAAAAAAGUGCAGAUGCAAAAAAUAAUGAAGCUGCUAAAGUAGAUGAAGUUAAACAAGCUCAUGCUGCUGACCAAGCUCCGAAAGAAGAAGACAAAGAAGAGAUGAAAUCUGAGGCAAAACAUGAAAAAAAAUCAACAGUAGAAGCUAAGCCUGUUGUUGAAGAAAGCAAGUCCUCCUCUCAGACAUCACAAAUAAUUCCAGAUCCUGUGUUAAAAACAAACGAAAAUGAUUGAGAAGUAGGCAAAAAGCAAUCAGCUGAAUCUGCUCAAAAAUCUAACUCCCUCAAUUUAAAAUUGAAACAAAAAUUCAUUCUUCUAUUAAAAAAUAAUUCAUAUAUAAAUAGCUUUGAUUAAAAAUUUAAUGUGUGAAUCGAUAAAAUUUUUAAAUUUAUUUAGAAAAGGUUUGUCGAAUAUUUUUCUAUUAAAAAAUCAUCUAUCUUUUAUAAUAUAUAAAAAAUCCUUUUGUUUCUAUUCGAAGGGAGAGAAAGAAAAAACUGAAGAAUCAAGCGGGAGUCAAUUAACUCCUGAGUUAGCUCAAAAAUCAAAUGAGGAGAAGAAAACAAACGUGGAAUCUGGUGAAAAGUUGAAAGAAAAAACUGAGGAAGUAGCCAAAACUCAAGCAAUUUCUCAGCCAGCUGAAAUAUCGAGUGAGCAGACCAAGAAAAGUGCUGAGCCUACUCAAAGCUCUAACUCCCUUGCCCACCGUGAAUGAAGAAAUUUUUUUCUCCUUCAUGAAGUAAGUUAUUAUUUUAUCCAAUUUACAAAAAUUAAACUAAUUAUGUAAUUUAUAUUUUAAAAUUGUUUAAAAUAUAAUAAAAUUAUAAGAAAUUUCAUCACAAUAAGCAUCAUUUUAUAAAUCAAAUAUAUUUUAUAUAAAAUUAUUUUAUAAAAUUCAUUUUUUUCUCUUAUGGAGUGGACUGGUUGCUUGAAUAUUUUGCAGCUAAAUUAAAUCAAAACUAAUUUUAUAAAAAUUAGUAUUCUUACCUAUACAAUUUUACUAUUGAAAAAAAUUUUGCCUAAAUUUAAAAGGGGUUAAAGCAGCCAAAAAUUGGAAAUUUUACCUAUGCUUGCUCUAAUUUAAAACGGGGAGGAGUAAAGAAAAAUCAGAAGAGGUAGGUAAAGCUCAAGAAAUCCAUGAGCCGAUUAAAAAAUUAAAAGAACAGACUAAUACAAAUGUAGAGCCUGCUCAAAAUCCGAAAGAAAAAGCUGAAGAAGCAAGCAAAGCUCAAUCAAUCCCUGAACCCGCUCAAAAAGUAAUUGAAGAGACGAAGUCAAGUGCAGGGUCUACUGACAAGUUGAAAGAAAAAUCUAUAGAAGAAGACAAAACUAAAACAAUACCUGAUAUUAUUCAAAAAGUAGAAGAAAAGCCUGAAAAAUCUAAUAAGGAUAGUUUUGAACCUACUCAAAAAUCUAAAGAGGAAUCUAAUAGCCAAGCUAUUGCGGAAGAGCCCAGUAAAGCUCAAACUACUCCACUUCAAAACACAGAAGGAUCUUUGAAAGGAGGAGAAGAAGAAACAAAAAGCAAAAAUUCGGCUAAAGCAUCUACAGUUCAAUCAACAGAAGGAUUUAAUUCAGAAAAAGAGCAAAAGUCUCAGGGAGCCACAAGUGAGCAAAUUCAAAAAGCAAAAGAAAGUAAACUUGAGAAAGCUUCAGCCCAGACUACCAAAAAAGAAGAAGAAGAGAAAAAGGAAUCUAAAAAGCACGAUGAACAGGCUUCUAUAAAAAUUCCUGAGAAAAAAGCAGAAGAAAGUUCAGCCAAAGCAAUCGAUGAACAGACUUCUAUAAAAAAUCCUGAGAAAAAAGCAGAAGAAAGUUCAGCCAAAGCAUCAGAUGAACAGACUUCUAUAAAAAGUCCUGAGAAAAAGGCAGAUGAAAUUUCAGCCAAAGCAUCCGAUGAACAGACUUCUAUAAAAAUUCCUGAGAAAAAAGCAGAAGAAAGUUCAGUCAAAGCAUCCGAUGAACAGACUUCUAUAAAAAGUCCUGAGAAAAAAGCAGAAGAAAGUUCAGCCAAAGCAUCAGAUGAACAGACUUCUAUAAAAAGUUCUGAGAAAAAAGCAGAAGAAAUUUCAGCCAAAGCAUCAGAUGAACAGACUUCUAUAAAAAUUCCUGAGAAAAAAGCAGAAGAAAGUUCAGCCAAAGCAUCCGAUGAACAGGCUUCUAUAAAAAGUCCUGAGAAAAAAGCAGAAGAAAGUUCAGCCAAAGCAUCUGAUGAACAGGCUUCUAUAAAAAUUCCUGAGAAAAAAGCAGAAGAAAGUUCAGCCAAAGCAUCCGAUGAACAGGCUUCUAUAAAAAUUCCUGAGAAAAAAGCAGAAGAAAGUUCAGCCAAAGCAUCCGAUGAACAGACUUCUAUAAAAAGCCCUGAGAAAAAAGCAGAAGAAAGUUCAGCCAAAGCAUCCGAAAAUACUUCUCAACUGUCAAAUGAGGAGUCAAAAUCACUUCAAGAUUCUGGCAAAGAGUCAAAAAGUAUCGACAAUGCUGAGCAGAAAGUUUCUGAAACAGCACAAGAAAGCCAACAAGCUCAAGAUGAAAAGAAAGAAGAUGACGCUAGCGCAGUCUUACCUAGAUUUGAUGAUACUAAUAAAAGUUCAGAUGGUAUUGUCCUUAUUCAAUCCUUUGCACGAAAAUAUCUUACUAAAAAAAUUUUUGAGAAUCGUUCAAUCCCUAAGACAGAUGAAACAAAAGAAUCUAUCCCAAUAGACAGCACUAAUAUUCCAGAAUCUCUUGCAAAGGCUGAAGAAAAUAAGCUUGACUCUUCUAAUAUAUCUAAAUCAGAAGAGAGCACAUCCAAAAAUGCAGUAGAAGAGUCAAAAAUUCCUGAGAAAGAAACUAAGCAAGAAAUCCAAACUGAACCAACCAAAGAAAGCCAGCCAAAUCAAGCUCAAAACAAGCAAGAUGAUACUAUUGAAAAGCAAGAAGGAAUAGUCCUCAUUCAAUCUUUUGCAAGAAAAUAUCUUACUAAAAAAAGCUUUGAGGAGAGCUUAAUCGCUAAAAUGGUAGAAGCAAAAAUAUUCCCCCAAGAAGAUAGCGCUAAGCCUUUAGAGCAAUUACAAAAGGUUGAAGAAGAGAAAACUGAACUAUCUGAAAUUGAUGAUUCUAAAAAUAGUACUGAGAGUACUCCUAUCCAAAAGGAUGAGGUGGUUCCUGAAAAGAAAGACGAAACCCCUACUAACAAGCAAGAUAUAGAUAUCCCUCUUAAAAUUGAAGACAAACUCCAGCCAAAAUCUCAAGAAAUAAGCAAUGAAAAAAUCGCUGCUAGUGUUGUUAUUCAAUCAGUAGCAAGAAAACAUCUUGCAGAAAAGGAUUACAAAAAGUUUUUGGAAGCACAAAGUAAAGAGCAAAAGCCUGACGUAAUAGUUGAAAAUGAAAAUCCAUCUAAAGAAGAAAGGCCGCUACAAAUAAUUGAAAAAGAUAUCAAUCAAAAUCCUAAUUCUCAUCUUUCGUAAAGAGGAAAUUUUGAUACUUGCUAAGGAUUAUUUUUAAUAAGAGUUUUAAAAAUAUAAACUACUAUAAUACAUUUUUUAGAUCACUAUGGAGCAAUACCUAAAAAGGUAAAGCAGUGAUCUGAGAAGUCAGACUGAAAAUGAAAAAUGCUAUUUUCAUGACAAGUUUAUGUUUGGGUUGGCAAACAGAGAACCUAUCAACAAAAUUUACAAAUUUUAUAUAUGCUCGCCAGAAAAAUGGUAGUUGUAUUUCCAUUUUAAACUAGUCAGAUUACUACUUAACCUCUUUAAGUAUUGUCCUCAGCGAUCCAAAUGGGCUCUUGAGGACUAGUUUUUAAAAAUUAGUGCUUUAGAAUAUUAGGUGUUUUAAAUUUAAUAGAAUUAACUCUAGUUUUCAUUAUAACAAUUAUUAUUUAUAAUAUAUUAAAGGUUUUUUUUAAAAUUUUUAUAUUAAAAAAAUUUUGUUCUUUCAUUAUAAUUUCUCCAGAAUUUUUAAUGGUUUUGUUCGCUUUUAGAGACGGGUACUUAAGAUAGAAAGUAAAGAAAAAACUACUGAUAAGCCCAUUACAGAGCCAACUAAAGAAGAGCCAACACAUAAAACUUCACAAGAUAAAGCGAAAGAAGAAUCAAAUAGCUUAUUAGAGCCUCAAAAAAAAGCAGAGGAGGAAAUGCCUGAUGAUUCUGAAGAAACAAAAGAAAUAGAAAAACUUUCAGCAGAGCCUGAGAAAAAAGAAGAAGAAGAAGAAGAAGGAAGAUCUGAAAAUUCUGAAGAAACCAAAGCUAAGAAAGCCGAAGAAAUUGAGGCCAAGAAAGCUGAAGAAAUUGAGGCCAAGAAAGCUCAAGAAAUCGAGGCCAAGAAAGCCGAAGAAAUAGAAGCCCAGAAAGCUCAAGAAAUCGAAGCCAAGAAAGCUGAAGAAAAAGAAAAAGCAGAAAAAGAAAAGAUCAAAAAAGCUAUGCAAGAAGAAGAAAAGAAGCAGCAAGAAAAAAGAGCUGAAGAAGCCAAAGAAAUUGAAAAACUGGAAAAGGUGAACAAAGAGUUAUUAAAUAAGUCUAUAGAAAUAGAAAGAAAGCUUGAUGAAUCCAAAACUCUUAAUAGUUAUUUGUCACACAAGCAAGAACAGCUUGAAAGUGAUGAGAAAUCUCUGGAAGGAAAGCUUGAGCAAUCUAAACUGGGAAUAAAAAAUAAAGAAGACCAAAAGAAUUUGCUUAGUUCUCAAAACAAAAAUUUAGAAAGUUUACAAGAAAAUUCAGAACAAUUAUUAAAUUCCAAGUUAAAAGAAGUUGAAGAUAAAAGCAAUUUUAUCAAUCUCCGCAAAGAGUAUUUAGAAGAAUUGUCUGCAGAUCUGAGAAACUUUGAUGAAGAAUAUUUACUAAUCACUAUAGAAAGCCAACAACUUGACAAAGAAAUUGAUAGCAAAGUAAACGAGCUUCGCUUGAAAAACGAAGUUCUUGACUCGUCCUGGAAUAAAUUGAGAGACCAAAGCGAUGCUAUUGAUUCUAUGAAAGAAAAAAUUUUAAAACUAAAAACUUCUGAUUUUCAAGUAGAAGCGGAAAUUCAAAGCACAGUCAAUACAAUAGAAAGCUUGAAAAGCAUCAUUAAAGAUAAAGAAACGAUGCUUCGUAAUUCUAGAGAGAGGGAAAUUGAAAAAGAAAAUCAAUAUAAAGCAGAGCUAAAGCAGCUUGAAAAACAAGAACAAGAAAUUGUUAGUAGCAACGAAUAUAUGCUAGAGCAGCUUGAUUACAAGAAAAUGGAAAUUGUGAAUAGAUCCAAGUUAUACAUAAAAAUUGCAACCUAAGCGUAUUCGACAUCUUGACACAAUUUUCUCAACCUUAUGGUGAAGGCGAACUGGGAGAGAAACCAGUCGAGAUUCAGGGUAUUUUUUUGACUCGGUUUCUAUGGUUAAAAAUGGUAAUCUGGCAGCGUUCUUCGGGACCCUUAAGUUAGACCUUCACAGCGAUACCAUGGGUUGCAGCAGGCUGGGCCCAGAACUUAACCUUUAUACCUGUAGCUGCUAAGUUCGGUACCCAGAACCUGCUAGACUCCAGGUUUCUGGAUCAAGCUACUGUCCAAUGAGCGCAUAGCUGGGUCGCUGAAGUCCAUAGUCUGCGCACUUAAAACUGGAGCUAUUAGCUAGGCAAGAAGGAGGCGUAUCUCCCUCGCGCACUCAAUCCGUCAUCUCGAUGAGGUGGAUUCUAGAGAAGAAGAAGAAGAAGAAUAUGACUUUAAACAUUGCUGAUUGUCAUCGAUUUGAUCAAGCCGAGAAGCGGACGUUAAAAAGCUGAUGAACCUAUAGAGGCCCUUUGUGACUACGUAACCAAUACGAUACUUGCCCACCUGCAAAUUUAGAUUCAGAAUAGAUCCAAGUUUUUAUCUGAAAGAAAAGCAAGCCCUAUCAGGUACUCAUCCCCAUCACGAAAUAUUUCGCUAGACAGAGAAUACCAGUCAGUUAAAAAGCAGCUUUUUACAGAUGAUGAUUCCGUUAUGAACGAUCCAAUGCAAAAUAAAUAUGAAAAAGAAAUUGAAAGGCUGCAAGAAGAAUAUAAACUUCAGCAAGCGACAACUUCAGAGGCCAAAGAAAAUUACAUGAAAUUCCAAAAAGAACUUCAGGCUGCAUUAAUUCAUUAUCAGUCCUCAGAAGAACUGUAUUCAAAGAACCUUUGGAUGCUGAUUGGUAUUGGAGUUAUUUGCGCAAUCAUCAUUUCUAAUCUCAUCAUUUAA